AUGUUUAAGUGGAUUCAAGGUGGACUCUCUGCAGCAAUUGGUACGGCAGAGCCUGAAUAUGGUAGAGAAGCUAUCCAAUCAGUAAUUGAUUCAAUAGAAAAGAAAGAAGCUCCAAUAUAUAGAGAAACUACCGUGGAGGAUUUCGCCUGGAAAAACCCAGAAAACACGAACGUAGAAACUCAAUCGUUUUACUUCACCUGCUUGAAAACUGGACUUGUUGGAUUCGCUCAAGUUAUCCACUCCAACGUUGUCGGGCAAACUGCACAAUUCACAUUUAGAUUGUUCAAUUUUGAAAACGGUAAACCUGAAGAGGAAAAUUUGUGGACCUCUACCAAGUUAGAAGACUUUAAGGUUGACGGACCAAAUUUCUACGCCACCGGAUUAUCCAUUAAGAUUAGUGAAGAUGGUCAAACUUAUCAUUUAAAGUCUGAGGUCAACCCAGAGUCCAUUGUAGAUUUGACAGUGACUAAACUAGUUCCUGGUGUGAUCUUUGGUAAGGAUGGUGUAUCUAACUACGGUGAAGACCCAGCAGAGCCAUGGGGUAAUAUGAGACAUUUGUUCUGGCCAAGAUGUAAAGUGACUGGAACCAUUAAGCAUAAGGAAGAUAAGGUUUUGGAAAUUGAUGGUUACACCAUGUUUGUUAUGGCAAUUCAAGGUAUGAAGCCACAUCAUGCUGCCAAGGCAUGGAAUUUCUUGAAUUUCCAAAAUGAAAACUAUAGUGCAGUGCAAAUGGAAUUCACCACCCCACCUUCUUACGGUAACACCAAGGUGAAUAUUGGUCUUGUCACUGACAAUGAGAAAAUUUUACUCUGUAGUGUAAACAACAAGAUUACCCAUAUCACUCCUUUAAGCGAGGAAAGCACUCCAGUAACUGACAGUGUGGGAUGGCCCGUUCCUCUGGAAAUCGUAUUCGAAUACGAUGGUGAUUUAACCACAAACGACAAGUCGAAAGUUGUUGUAAAGGGAGAGUUGAAGACAUUGGUAGAAAGGGUUGAUGUUAUGGCUGAAUUACCUCAAUUCAUCAAGGAUAUUGCUACUGGUGUAUCCGGAACCAAACCAUACAUCUAUCAAUUCUGCAACAAGCUUGAAAUUGAUGUCGAUGGUAAAAAGGAAGACGGUAUUGCUUUCAAUGAGGUUACUUUCAUUUCAGAAUGA